AUGACUACCGCGUACCCUGCGUACGGUGAGCGUAAAACGGUAACGACUAUGCAUUCACAGCUGUCCACUACUGUGCCUAGCAUUGAUUCGGUUGAUUACGACAACCGAAUGAAUGCUCAGCUCACAGGGAUACCUGAUGAAGGGGAAGCUCAAUGGGACCUCGAGGACGACUCUGAGUUCUUCAGCGGUCCUGAUGGGAGGGCCAACAAGGUGAGGAAGUCGAUCCUCACGCCGUGGUGGUUGGAUGAUAAACGAGGCAGCAAGACCUUUGGUGUUAUUGCGGAUGUCGAUGUUGAUAGUGAUUCCGAGCCGGCAACUACUUUGCCUCCACUGCAGAAGCGGUACAGGUCCCGUACAGAACUUCAAUAUCACGUAGUUCCCUCCACCUCAUUUCGGCAGACCUGGCGAGCUAUCAAGUGUCCAUUCGGUGUUAUAGAUGGGGUUAUCGAAAAGGCAAGUUGUAGUGCAGGUGCUGGCUUUGCUGGCCUUAUCGCGCCUCCGAGACGGAAGACGUGGAAUCGGUCGUUCUCGGCUAGUGUGAGAAUCAUUCGCAGUGCGGGCAAGAACAUCCCGCGGAAUCCCUCAUUGAUGCAGAGCAUAUGCGAUGUGAGCCUACCUGGUACGGGUAAAUCUGGGGUAACCCGAUGGAGGACGGCAGUAGGGCGAUGCAAAAUUGAGUGGUAUUGGCCAUCGAAACGAACAGCGACGUUAAAACGGCAAGUGUCAUUCAAGGGUCCUGGGAAUCUGCACGAUAACUCCGACUGGCGAGAUGCCCUGGGAGAUCCAUCGUACCCGGUCAUUCUCUACUUUCACGGUGGUGCCUUCGUCCUGUGUACUCCCGGCAGCGUUGCUUACAGACCCUUCAUCACCAAAUGCGCAUACGACUCUCAAAGUUUCAUAUGUGCACUCAACUACUCCCGCCCCCCAGAGAUUGGGCUCAAAGAUAUCAUCGAAGAGGGCAUCAUAUCGUAUAGCUAUCUCAUCAACUCCCUCGAGAUUCCACCCGAACGCAUUGUGGUCAUGGGUGACUCUGCUGGAGCGAAUCUGGCAAUGAGCGUCCUAUUGCAAAUUAGAGAUAGAGGGCGAUACCCCCUACCGGCUGGCCUGGCCCUCCUGUCGCCCUGGGCAGAUAUGAGCUUAACGGAAGAUCAGCUAUGGUGUGAGAAUGCUUAUUAUGACUACUUACCGGUGGAACUGAUAGUCAAAUUCGCCAAGAUAUGCGCUGAUUCUUCUGGGUUACCAGUGGACGACCCAUUGGUGUCACCGGGCCUGUCACCAUCAUUGGACUUGCAAGUGCCUAUCUAUUGUACCUAUGGCGAAGUAGAAAUUCUGCGGGCAUCAACGGAGCGGCUCUGCAGGAGAUUGAAGCUCGAAAAUAGCAAAAAAGUAGAAGUUGAAAUGAUAGUAGACAUGCCCCAUGACUGCUAUAUGUUCUGCGAUUCCAAGCAAGCGACCACUCUCGAGGCAUGCGAUAUAUUGGUGGAGAAGAUGUUGGCGAUGAACAAGGCAAAUGGUGCACGUCGAAAAGGAUCGUCGAUGCAUCAUCAUCAUCACCAUCACCAUCAUUCCGACCAUCGCGACUCAGCUUAUACACUUUGAGGUCUAUUGAGACUCUCCUUGUUUUAUAUCAUACUCAAUGGUCCCUCGUAUUAUA